GUUUCCGGUAAGUAGUGUGCGCGUUUAAUUUCUGGCCAAUUUUUAACCAAAAUAUCUCUUAAUUUAUUGCAGUGAGGAGUAAAUACGAGAAUACAAACGGCAAAAUGUCGCUCGUCAUCCCAGAGAAGUUCCAGCACAUCCUGCGUAUCAUGAAUACGAACAUCGAUGGCAAGCGCAAGGUUGGCAUCGCCAUGACCGCCAUCAAGGGAGUGGGUCGUCGCUACUCCAACAUUGUGCUGAAGAAGGCCGAUGUCGAUCUUACCAAGCGCGCCGGUGAAUGCACCGAGGAGGAGGUCGACAAGGUGGUGACCAUCAUCUCCAACCCCCUGCAGUACAAGGUGCCCAACUGGUUCCUCAACAGGCAGAAGGACAUCAUCGACGGCAAGUACUGGCAGCUGACCUCCUCCAACUUGGACUCCAAGCUGCGUGACGAUCUGGAGCGCCUGAAGAAGAUCCGCUCCCACCGCGGUCUGCGCCACUACUGGGGCCUCCGUGUCCGUGGCCAGCACACCAAGACCACCGGUCGUCGCGGUCGCACCGUGGGUGUGUCCAAGAAGAAGUAAGCUGCUGCUGCUGUUUUCCCCGGGCGGAUUUCCGAAUCUACUUUAAUUUUCACAUCAACCACAAAAUAAAAGAAAACACGGAAGCCGGAACGUUUUAGUGCGGAGUAUA